UAAAAUUCAUACAUCAGAAAAAUACAAAAGUUUUGGCCAAAGAAUUAAGUGGGCGUGUUUCUUUUUUUCAAUAACUAGUAUUUAAAUGAUUAGAUCAACUGUUUGUUUUUUACGCACUACAAAGCCUUGACAAGAAUGACGCGCUCGGCCCACUAUUUAUUGUUUCUGCAGUAAGGAUUCACCCUCUUCAGAGAAUUAUUGUGUAACUUAUCUGCAGUUAAUCGCUGUUUUGAGCUCAAAAAGCACCUCGUAGCUGUAUGUAAACCAGGGAGCGAAAUGAACGGCUCUUUCACCGAUGCAAUUCGGUUACCGACGUUCACCAAAAAGAUCCGUUCAAAAACAACCUGUCGUUAUCGAACGACCCAUCACUAGUUGAAACGGGAAAUAUUUGUAUAAGGAAGUAGAGGAAGUAACGGACGUUAUCGUCGAAGAAAAAUGUUUGAGAGCUGAGUGAGUUUUGACUUACAUCUAAUAUGAGUCUCUCUGGGGAGAGAGAGGAGGAGACCACAGCCUCUAAAAUGAGUCUCUCUGGGGAGAGAGAGGAGGGGACCACUGACUCUAAAAUGACUCAAGAGACCAGUUCUAAGUGUGUCCAGAAGCCCAGAGCAGAGUCACCUACAACCAGCCUGCUAUCAAUGAAGAGUGAUCAGCCACCUGCUUUCAGCCAGGAACCAUUACCAGAUGACAAUAAGGAAGUGGAGAGUUUGGACAGUGAGGAUGUAUUAAAGAUCACACACAACCUUCUGGACAGAAGAAGUCAAACUCUGCUGAUAGUCCAACAUGACAUUAAGGCUAAACUGAAACACAAGUAUCAACACAUAUCUGAAGGAAUUGGACACCAUGGAAAUCAAUGUUUGUUCAAAGACAUCUACACAGACCUCUACAUCACAGAGGGUGGAAGUGGAGGGCUCAAUAAUGAACAUGAGGUUAGACAGAUAGAGAUGGCAUCCAAUAAACAAAACACACAAGAGACACCAAUCAAAUGCAACGACAUCUUCAAGCCUUUACCUGGACAAGACAAACCAAUCAGAACUGUGCUGACCAAAGGAAUCGCUGGCAUUGGAAAAACAGUUUCUGUGCAGAAGGUCAUCCUUGACUGGGCAGAGGGAAAAGCAAAUCAGGACGUUCAUUUCAUGCUUCCUCUUCCUUUCCGUGAUCUGAACCUGAAAAAGGACCAAUACAGUCUGAUGCAACUUCUUUCCCACUACUUCUCAGAGCUGAAGGAGAUUGACAGCAUUGAAGAUGGUGAAACCAAAACUGUUUUCAUUUUUGAUGGUCUGGAUGAGUGUCGACUUCCUCUAGACUUCAAAAACAAUGAGAAGUGCUGUGAUGUCACGAAGCCAACCUCAGUGGACGUGCUGCUGACAAACCUCAUCAAGGGGAAUUUGCUUCCCUCUGCUCUACUCUGGAUAACUUCACGACCUGCAGCAGCCAAUCAGAUCCCUCCUGAGUGUGUUGACCAGAUGACAGAGGUACGAGGGUUCAAUGAUCCACAGAAGAAGGAGUACUUCAGGAAGAAAAUCACAGAUCAGAAACUGGCCAAUGAAAUCAUCAAACACAUGAAGACAUCAAGGAGCCUCCACAUCAUGUGCCACAUGCCAGUCUUCUGUUGGAUAUCAGCCACUGUCCUUGAGAUGAUGCUGAAAGAGGCAGAGAAGGAUGAAGUCCCCAAAACUCUGACCCAGAUGUACUCACACUUCAUUCUCAUCCAAAUCAUUGCGAAGAACAAGAAGUACCACAAAGCCACAGAGACGAACCCAAAGGAAAUGUCUCAGUCAGACAAAGCGAUGAUCCUGAAACUGGCAAAGCUGGCUUUCCAACAGCUGCUGAAGGGCAACCUGAUCUUCUAUGAGGAGGACCUGAGAGAGUGUGGCCUUGAUGUCACAGAGGCAUCAGAGUACUCAGCAUUGUGUGCAGAGAUCUUUAAAGAGGAAUCUGGGCUGUACCAAGACAAGGUCUACAGCUUUGUGCAUCUGAGCAUUCAGGAGUUUCUAGCAGCAGUGCAUGCUUUAGAAUCAUGUCUGGACAAGAAGGAAAAUGUUUUCUCCCCCAAAGCAGUCCCUACUGAUGAUGAAGAAGAGGAGGAGUCAAUCCAGUUGUCUGACUUACACAGGAGAGCAGUGGACCAGGCCUUGAAGAGUGAGAAUGGACACCUGGACUUGUUCCUCCGCUUCCUUCUGGGUCUCUCACUGGAGUCCAAUCAGAAUCUGUUACGAGGCCUUCUGACACAGACAGGAAGUACAACACAGACCAAUGAGGAAACAGUUAAAAGAACAGUCAGGUACCUUUCAGACAAGAUCAACCAGGAAUCCUCACCAGAAAGGAUCAUCAACUUGUUCCACUGUCUGAAUGAACUUGGUGCCAAUUCUCUAGUUGAAGACAUGCAGACCUCCCUGCAUUCAGGAACUCUUUCAGAAACAAGACUAAAACCUGACCAAUGUUCAGCCCUGGCCUACCUGUUACUGAUGUCAGAGGAGGUGCUGGAGGAGUUUGACCUGAAGACAUACAACACAUCAGAGAAAGGUUAUCAGAGGUUGCUGCCGGUAGUGAGAACCUGCAAGAGAGCACUACUGGAUGGCUGUAAACUCACAUAUAAAUCCUGUGAGACUCUGGCCUCAGCGCUGCAGACACCAAACUCUCCCGUAAGAGAACUGGACCUCAGCUACAAUGACCUGGGAGACAGAGGAGUGGAGCUGCUCUGUGUUGGACUAACCAGUCCACUCUGCAACAUACAGACACUAGUACUGGCUGACUGUUACCUCACAUAUAAAUCCUGUGAGACUCUGAUCUCAGCUCUGCAGACACCAAACUCCCCCCUGAGAGAACUGGACCUCAGCUACAAUGACCUGGGAGACAGAGGAGUGGAGCUGCUCUGUGUUGGACUAACCAGUCCACUCUGCAACAUACAGACACUAGUUCUAGGUCAGUGUGGUCUGACAGAGGGUUGCUGUUCAGAUCUGGCCUCAGUCCUGAGUUCACCCAACUCACAACUGAAACAACUGGAGCUGAGAGACAAUGACCUGCAGGACUCAGGAGUUACACUGCUCUCUGCUGGACUGGAGGAUCCAGACUGUAAACUACACACAUUGGGGCUGUCUGGCUGUCUGGUCACAGAGGAGGGCUGUGUUGCUCUGUCUUCAGCUCUGAGGUCAAACCCCUCCCACCUGAAAGAGCUGGAACUGAGCUACAAUCACCCAGGAGUCUCUGCAGGGGGACUGCUUUCAGCUGCUCUGAGGGAUCCCACAUAUAAACUGAUGAAGCUGAAUGUGGAUCAUGGUGGAGAGUGCAGGCUGAAAUCAGGGCCGAGGAAAUAUGCCUGUCAUCUCACCCUGGACCCAAAUACAGCACACCCAAACCUGAGACUGUCUGAGGGGAACAGGAAGUUGAAACGGGUGGUGGAGGACCAGCAUUAUGAAGACCAUCCAGAAAGAUUUGACUUUCAUCCCCAAGUUCUCUGCAGAGAAGGCUUAUCUGGAGGUCGUUAUUACUGGGAGGUGGAGAGGGAUGGUGACGGGGCUUUCAUUGGUGUGGUGUACAAAGGAAUGAAGAGGAAGGGAGGGAAGAUUGACCGUAGGAUUGGACACAAUAAGGAGUCCUGGUGUUUAGUCUGCUAUGAUAGUGCUUAUAACUUUUACCAUAAUGGAGUCAUCAGAUACAGUCGACCAGAUACUUGUCCUGUUUCUAAGAGAGUUGGAGUGUAUCUGGACUGGCCAGCUGGUACUUUGUCCUUCUAUAGUGUGUCCUCCUCUGGUACACUGACACACUUCUACACAGAACACACCACAUUCACUGAACCCCUCUAUCCUGGGUUUAUAAUGUACUCCUCCUCAUUGACCCUGUGUCCGAUAGAUGACCAACACAUUCAGAGAGACCAUGGUGGAGAGAGUUGUAUCAAGCCUAGACCUGAGGACACCAGAGACCAUGGUGGAGAGUGUUGUAUCAAGCCUGGACCUGAGGACACCAGAGACCAUGGUGGAGAGAGUUGGAUCAAGCCUGGACCUGAGGACACCAGUGACCAUGGUGGAGAGUGUUGUAUCAAGCAUUGACCUGAGGACACCAGAGACCAUGGUGGAGAGAGUUGGAUCAAGCCUGGACCUGAGAACACCAGAGACCAUGGUGGAGAGUGUUGGAUCAAGCCUAGACCUGAGGACACCAGAGACCAUGGUGGAGAGAGUUGGAUCAAGCCUGGACCUGAGAACACCAGAGACCAUGCUGGAGAGUGUUGGAUCAAGCCUGGACCUGAGGACACCAGAGACCAUGGCUUAGAGAGUUGUAUCAAGUCUGGACCUGAGAACACCAGAGACCAUGGUGGAGAGUGUUGUAUCAAGUCUGGACCUGAGGACACCAGAGACCAUGGUGGAGAGAGUUGUAUCAAGUCUGGACCUGGGGACACCAGAGACCAUGGUGGAGAGUGUUGGACCAAGCCUGGACCUGAGAACACCAGAGACAAGUUUGGACCUGAGAAAUGGAUUCCUCAGACCUGUAAGACAUGUGACCAUGUUGAGGACUCCACACACUGGCUUCAGAUUGAACCCUUGACUUCCACUGUCCAGGGAGUGACAAUGUUCAGG